AUGGACCCAUCAACAGAGUUUUAUGUGUGUUCGUGCUUUUUCACUCACAAUAUUUUCCUAUCGGAGUAUGAUCUGCAUGUGACGUACUUCGAUGACGAACAGUUCACGAAUGACUGGAAGCAGAUAUUAGCCAAUAAAGAUUGCACUGACCUGCAAAAAGUAUUGGAAAAGUAGAUUAAAAUGGAAGUCAAUAGAAGAAAAAUGCUAGGACAGCAGUAUGUUGACAGAAGACGUGAAAUAUCAACAAACUAUAAUCCAUUGCAUCCACAUAUUUACCAACUCCAGGAUUCUUAUUUUGUGAAGGAGUUCUUGGAUAUUGUGAAUUAUGCAAAAUCAAAGACUGCUUCAUCAGAGGAAUUGGUAAAAAUGAUGUCGAUUGAAAAUGCUGAGAGAGUCUUUUCCUUUCAAAUAUUCACCAAAACAUUUUGCAAAGAGUUUAUGGAGGAGAUUACUUGUUUUGAAAGUACAAAUCUACCCAAGGGCAGACCCAACACCAUGAAUAAUUAUGGGGUGCUGCUAAAUGAACUUGGCUUUGAUGAAAAAUUCAUGACACCACUGCGCAUCAAUUACCUCAGACCAAUCACUCGACUCUUGUUCCCAGACUGGGGCGGGGACAACUUAGACUCACACAAAGCGUUUAUUGUCAAAUAUAAAAUUGGAGAGGAUUUGGCAUUGAACUAUCACUAUGACAACGCAGAGGUUACCAUUAACGUAUCACUUGGAAAAGAGUUCACAGAAGGGUCACUGUUCUUUGGAGAUAUGAAAUGGGUUCCCGUUGACGAAACAACAUGUACAGAGUAUCAACAUAAACCAACCUGUGCGAUAUUACACAGAGGUCAACACAUGCACGGUGCUUUGCCGAUAACACAUGGUGAAAGAUACAACUUAAUAAUAUGGAUGAGAUCAUCUGAGACACGAAAUAAAAUGUGCCCAAUGUGUGAUAUGAAACCAACACUUGUGAAGACUGUAGGCUAUGGUGAUGGUUUUACUAAACAGUCAGAUGUCAGUCUGUGUUCACCACUUUGA